AUAACAUUGUCAUUAUUUUCGGAUUUCGCUCACAUUGUGCAAUAAAUUCUUGAUAAUUUCUUACUAUAAUCGUAUUGAUUUAUAUCUAAAAACCAAAAAGUUACUCACAAUAAUCUAUUUAAAAAGUGUCCGUGCGAAAGUUUGACCAAAAACAUAAAAAUGAGGCUCGUAGACUCGACGAAGAUAUUGGAACUUCAAAACAAACCAACAAAAAUUCGUAAUAUCUGCAUCGUGGCCCACGUGGACCACGGAAAAACUACUUUGGCAGACUCUUUGAUAUCUAGCAAUGGCAUCAUAUCGCAAAGAAUGUCGGGAAAGCUUCGUUACAUGGACAGCAGGCCAGACGAACAGGAGAGGGGAAUAACCAUGAAAAGCAGCAGUAUUGCCUUGUAUCAUGCUUUAAACAAGGAGGAAUAUCUUGUGAACCUCAUAGACUCUCCAGGGCACAUUGAUUUUUCAAGUGAGGUGUCUACCGCGGUUAGGUUAUGUGACGGGGCUAUUGUUGUAGUGGAUGUUGUAGAAGGUGUAUGCCCGCAAACAAGGCUUGCAUUAAAACAGGCAUACUCUGAAAAUAUCCGGGCAGUUCUAGUACUGAACAAAAUUGACCGCCUCAUUGUGGAGAUGAAGAUGACAGCUUUAGAUGCCUAUGUUCACAUAACUCAAGUGAUGGAACAAGUGAAUGCUGUUAUGGGUGAGCUGUUCGCCUCUGAGGUGUUGGAGAAUGAGGAAACUUUGAUUGAUAAACAGCCAGAAAAGCCAAGGCCUAAAGAAGAUAACAAUUUCUAUGACUGGACCUCAGCUUUGGAAGAUGCAGAUGAUUCACAGUUAUAUUUUUCUCCAGAACAAGGCAAUGUGGUAUUUGCAAGUGCUAUUGAUGGAUGGGGUUUUACAGUUCACACAUUUGCUAAGCUUUUCUCUGACAAACUUGGUGUGAAAGAAGAGUUAUUAAGAAAAGUUUUGUGGGGUGAUUUCUAUUUAAAUUCAAAAACAAAACGCUUUAUGAAAGGUGCCCAAGAGAAAGCUAAAAAGCCCCUUUUUGUACAAGUUAUAUUUGAUAAUCUUUGGAAUAUUUAUGAAACAAUUAUUUUAAGGAACGAUAAAGAAAAAGUGCCAGUGAUCUGUGAAAAGCUUGGUAUUAAAUUGACAACUAGAGAUUUGAGGCACACAGACAGCCGAAUACAAUUGCAGUCACUCAUGAUGCAGUGGCUUCCUUUAUCUAACACAGUAUUAGACAUGGUGUGUACUAAACUUCCUUCACCUAAGGAAAUUUUGCCAGAAAAAGUUGAAAAAUUAAUGUGCUCGCGCAUUCGAGAUUUUGAAUCUUACCCUGAAGAAACGAAAAAAUUGAAAGAAGACUUCCUAGCCUGUGAUAGUAGUAAAGAUAGAAAUGUGAUUAUUUUUAUAUCUAAAAUGUUAAGUGUUGAUAAAAGCGCGUUGCCUGAAAACAAGCCUAAAACGCUAACACCUGAAGAGAUGGCUCUUAGAAGAGAAAGGGCCAGGCAAAUGCGUGAAGAACUUAAGAAUAAUGUGAACUUUGAAACAGUUCCUAUGAAAGAAAAAAAAGAACCUGCAAAGGAUUUAACUAAUGCAGAAAAAUAUGCAGAAAAUGAAAAAGAAAACGAAGAUGAUAACCAAACUGCAUUUAUAGCUUUUGCUAGAAUAUUUAGUGGUAGAGUUAAGAAAGGUGAUACACUGUAUGUCCUUGGUCCAAAACACGAUCCCUCCCAAGUGCUUAUUAAAAAAGACUUUCAAAUAGAUCCUAACAAGAAAUUGAAAGAUUUGCAAAGUGAUGAGCAUAUCACAUGUACAGAGGUAAAAUCACUGUAUAUACUAAUGGGUAGAGAACUUGAGGAAAUUGACGAAGCAGUUGCUGGCAAUAUUAUAGGUAUUGGUGGUCUAGAAGACCACAUAUUAAAAACGGCAACUUUGAGCAGUACAAUAGCAUGUCCAGCAUUCAGUGAGAUUCAGUUCGCCGCCGUGCCAAUUUUAAGGGUCGCUGUAGAACCCACAUAUCCCUCACAACUACCUCAAUUAGUCAAAGGUCUUCGACUGCUAAAUCAGUCAGAUUCAUGUGUUCAAGUAUUAUUACAAGAAACAGGUGAACACGUUUUGGUAACAGCUGGAGAAGUUCAUUUGCAAAGAUGUCUUGAGGAUCUCAAGAAUUUGUACGCAAAAAUACCAAUAUCAGCCUCGGAACCAAUAGUGCCAUUUAGAGAAACGAUAAUAGAACCGCCAAAGCUAGAUAUGGCUAACGAAGAAAUUGACUCGCAAAUUAUCGAUAAAGCAAACGAAGAAGAAAAAGAUCCAUUGAUAACAAUACAGACUAUUAAUAAACAGAGUACAAUAAAAAUAAGAGCUAGACCUUUGCCAAAUGAAAUAACCUUAUUAUUAGACAAGUCUUCCGAUCUACUAAAAGCGAUAUCGCAGCACAUAAAAACUUUACAAGGAAUGUCUAAAAACGAUCAAUUAGAAAGCAAAUUUGAAGAAAUGCAAGUAAACGGAAAACAUCGACUCUCAGAUAGGAUGUUGAAACUUAUAGAGACAUUCAAAACAGAAUUGCAAAGUAUAUCUUCCAAAGUAGGGCCCGAAUGGAAGGAUGUUGUAAAACAAAUUUGGUCUGUGGGUCCUAGGAAUUGUGGUCCAAAUUUGCUUUUGAAUCAAACGUCUGAUUAUAAGACAAAGUACCUUCACCACGAAAAAGAGUUAAAGGAAGACCUUAGGUUUGAAUAUGAGAGUAGUUUUGUAAAUGGGUUCCAAUUGGCUUCGCUCGCGGGACCGUUGUGUGAGGAGCCGAUGAUGGGCGUCGCAUUUUGUGUAGAGGAAUGGACCUUAGAUAAAGGAGAAGAAGAUAUGGCUUACAUUUAUGGACCCUUGUCAGGUCAAAUAAUGUCAGCAGUUAAGGAGGGCUGUAGAAAAGCGUUCCAAGCUCAGCCUCAAAGGUUGAUGGCUGCGAUGUACUCCUGUGAUAUUGUGGUCGACCAAAAAGUAUUAGGUAAACUGUAUGCAGCCCUGGGCAAGCGAGGCGGGCGGGUGGUCGGCAGCGACCUGCAGAGCGGGUCUGCGUCGUUCCGCGUCCGCGCGCUGAUGCCCGUCGCGGAGAGCUUCAAGUUCGCACUCGAGCUGCGCACGCACACGUCCGGCCUCGCAGCUCCGCAGAUGAUGUUCAGUCAUUGGGAGGUAAUCGAUAUCGAUCCAUUUUGGAGACCACGAACAGAAGAGGAAUACCUGCACUGGGGUGAGAAAUGGGACGGCGUGAACAGAGCCAAGGCGUACAUGGACGCCGUCAGAACAAGGAAGGGCUUGUCCACGGACAAACAACUAGUGCAGCAUGGCGAAAAGCAGAGGACAUUGUCUAAGAAAAAAUAGUCAUCGAUGGUUGUGAAUUUCAGCACAAAGGCGUGGGCGCACGUUGGAGACUAUCGGCUCUCUUGCAGCUAUGAUGACCUCAUUUCGCACUAUCGACUCUGCGUCCACCUACCCUAUACCGUAUAUCUACCUAAGUAUACUUUCAGUCGCCAAGUAAGUUAGGCGCUAACGACUAGCCCGCAGUGCGCAUCGGCCCUACCGAAAACGAAGGGUGUUGUAAAGGAGAAGCAGCUAUGAAAUGAUUAAAUCAUCCGGAUACCCGAACCACCUCCGUGCAUCUUAUAAAAGCCUAAGCUGCUAAAGAAAAGACGCUCAGCUGAUUGAAAAAAGCGUUUUUUCAAUCAGCUGAGAUGAACUAUUGUUGUUGGAGAUGAAUUAUUGAAAAAUGUUGAACUAUUGUUCAGAAGUAUCAUCAACACCAAGUCUUUAAACAAAAAAUAAGGGUCCUGAAUAAUUGAAAUGAACUUCUAUGAUAUUCAAAUCAUUUCCUCGCAACAACUUUUUGGGACGUCAAUUCCGAAAUGUUUUCAACACAGGCCUGAUUAUGAGUUCAAAUAAGAUUUUUAUUGAAAACUGCUAUUUAAUGACCUCAAUCUUGAUAAUGUAUAAAUGAAGAGGUCUCGAAUUUUACGUGAUAAAACUAUUUCAAAGUCUUAGCGGCAUCGGUAUCUCGCGUUUUACAAAGUAUUCAGGCCUUCGGGAUAGACUGUCUUCAAAAACAAAGUUAUAAACUACUUAAGGCCAAAAUAGACCUAAUAACUUUGUUCUGACGUAGGAGAUUACGUUGGUGCGUACGUUCGUGUAUAUACCCUUCACGCAAUGCCUCAAUUUAUUUACAGAAAUAGAUAUUAUUUCGAGUCGUUACGUGCGUUGACAUUCAGAAAAUCUGAAACCUAUAAGUUCUCUUAUAAGUUGAAUAAUUUAGAUAUUGCAAAUAACUUAUUUUAGUCGAUGUUCGUAUUUCUUACUUUUAGCCGUAAAAUUACCUAUGUACCUACUUAUAAACAUAAAUAUUAAAUAAUAAGUAACUACUUAUACAUUCAAAAAUAGAUCAAACAGGUAAGUAAUUCAAAGUGCGAUAAACUUGAAAUACUUGAGAUCACCAUCUUGUUGGCUUGUAUUUUGUUUAAAUAUUAAAUUAUAUAGUUACAAA